CCGACAACUCUCUCCUCACCUCGCCUCGUCUCGACCCUCUCGAGACUCGUGGCACAGGGGAAGAAAAAACCCCAAACCCUAGUCCUCGUCGCCGGCGACGAGAUGGCGGUGAACGAGGACACGUCCGUCUACGUAGGCGGCCUUCCCUACGACGCCACCGAGGAGAAGCUCCGCCGCUACUUUGGGUCGUGCGGCGAAAUCAUUGCCGUCAAGGUGAUAAAUGAUCAGAGAGUCAGGGGCAAGUGUUAUGGGUUUGUUACUUACAGUCACCCUAAGGCUGCUCAGCGUGCUAUCAAUGAAAUGGAUGGCCAGCAAAUAGGUAAUCGCGCUGUUAAAGUAAAUCAAGUGCGUUCUGCAAGAAGUGGUGGACGUGAUUUUGGUGGUCAUGAUGGCUUCCGACGAGACCCUGGAAGGGAUGGAUACUGGGACCGAAGGGAUAGGGAUAGGAGUUAUGAUCGUGAUCGUGAUGGAGAUCCAUACCAUGACAGGGAUAUUGAUAGACCUCGUGACCAUGAUAGAGACAGGUACUAUGAACGUAGGGGAUUUGAUCAGGAUAUUGACUAUCCGAUGGAUCGGGAUCAUGAAGGAGAUGAGAGGAGACCUAGAGACCAUGAUCGUGGAGACCAUGAUCAUCCAGUGGAGACGCAUAACAUGGAUUCAGAUAAUGACAGAGACAAGGAGAACUCUAAAGGCUAUGGUAGCGACAGAGAUAAAGACAAGGAUCAGCCACCGAGGAAAAGGUUCAGCCGUCCAAAAGGUCGUGAUAGCAGAGAUAUAUCAAGUUCCAGUGAUGAUCUUCACAGUGACGUGAAACAUCAACUGGAGAAGGCCAUUCAGACGCACGAUGACCUUGAAAUUGAGGUUGCUCAGAUUAAAGAUAAAGUUACAUCCAAAGAACACCAAAUUGCUGAUUUGCAAAGGAAAUAUCAGAAAUUAGAGGAUGAAUUGGCUGCUGCACGGAAAGUUUCAACAGAGCGACAGGUAGUUGUCACAAAGUUGUACAAAACUUUUCUUCAAGUCCAAGACUUCAGUGAGAGGGCCAAGAUAUAUGAAAAGGAGCUCCAGUUGCUUGUCGAUGCUGCGAUGGUUGAGGUCGACAUGGCUGAAGAUGCGACAACCAAAGAUGGUUCAGGGUACGAGAACGGUGUGGUCUGACGAUCUCCACCUUUCAAAACCGAUCCUUCAGAAUUAUGACUUGGCAAUGUAGAGCUCGGACAAGUAGCUCAUGCAAGCGAGGUCCAGGACCAUGUAUUAGUUUAGUUUGCACAUUGGUUAGUGAUGUUGUGAAUUUUUAUCAGGGUAAGUUGUUACCCUGAUGCUUUCUUGUCUGACAUCUCCAUUUGUAAUGUAAGCUGCCCGCAGUACGUUUUAUGUAGGUUUGACUUGGGAAAUCUCUUCAUUGGGCGGCCAGAACUUUGAUGUAUGCUGUUCAGGAUUUUUGCCGCGAAGUAUUUAUAAUUUCUGCUCUUGGUUUGAGGAA